UAAGGGUCCAAUAACUAUGGGUGCACGAACCAGUGAGCCAUGUGAAAAAAGAGUGAAUCAAAGUGCGAAACUCGACAGUAAUAUCAGUGCGGCGGUCUCCGGCGAGGACGUGGUCGUCGAAGAAACUCCUCCACCCUGAUCCUCCGAAUAUUUCGUUAAAAGCGUGAAGUUGAAGAGCUAAGAGCGAGCAACUUAUCAAUGGAAAACGAUAAAGAAGAGCAAGUGGUUUUCUUGGACCGGACAACCCGAGCAACACGGGGCAAACGGAUGACCAAGCUGCUUGAUGACGAAGUUGAAGAGGAUGAACAGUUUUGGAAUCAAGAAGCUCUUAAAGAGGAAGAACAUGAUGAUAACUAUGAAGCAGAAGCUGAAGUUGCUGAUGAGUUUGACAGCGACUUCAAUGACGAUGAGCCUGAGCCUGAAUCAGUAGCAGAAAAUGAAAAAGAAGAGAGGGAUUUGCCGAAGAAGCGGCUGAUUUACCCUGGUAAAACUAAUACAAAGAAAAAGAAGAAGAAGAAGUUAGUUUCGAAUAUAGAAGAUACUCGUGGAGAUGAGAAGCCAGGUGAAGCAUUGGGAGACAAGGAACAAGACGAGAAAGAAGAGAACGAAGCAUUGGGUGAAGAGAUGGAAAGUGAGAAGGUCAUAAGAAAAUCAACGCGGACUUCAGUGAUUGUACGGCAAGCAGAAAGAGAUGCGUUGCGUGCUGCUAUACAGGCGACAACAAAGCCAAUACAAAGGAAAAAAGUAGGGGAGGAAAAACGGAUGACUCAAGAAGAAAUGCUGCUGGAAGCUGCUCAAACAGAAAUCAUGAACUUGAGGAAUUUAGAACGUGUCUUGGCAAGGGAAGAAGAAGUGAAAAAGAAAGCGAUUGUGCAUAAAGAGGUUUACAAGGGUCCUCAGAUUCGGUACCUUUCAAAAGAUGGAUGCAACUAUAUAGAAUUCUGUAAUGGUGCAUCAUUCAGUUCAGAGAUCUCGACCAAGUCUGUUCCAUAUCCAGAAGAAGCUGUAUGUGUGAUUAGUGGAUUACCUGCCAAGUAUCGAGAUCCAAAAACUGGUCUUCCUUAUGCAACUACAGAAGCCUUCAAAGCAAUACGAGAAAGGUUCAUGGACGAACACAAUGGUUUGAGAAAGAAAAUGGAGAUGGGAGAUUUGUUUGAUGCACUUGUGGUGAAAGGAUUUGCUACAACACAAAAGCGAACAAAGGUUCCCAAGAAAGACAGAUCGUUUUUCCUCAGAAACUCAGCUCCUUUCUAUAGGUUCGAGACUCCAGAAGGGAGUGAAGACUCGGAUUCGGAUUCAGAUUAAUAACGAACCUCCAUGGUUUGUUCGUAUAUUAAGAAGCUUUUGGUUUCCAUGAACAUCAUCAUGAACUCACAGUCGUAAUCUCACAUGAUUUCUUCACUACCGAGACCAGUCUUUGUAUAAAAUCAUCAAAUGAUUUUGGUUUUCAGAGAUGCUAUGGCUGGUUUAACUCAGAAGUGAGAUGAAACAUUCGUGGAGGAAGUUUUCAUGGUCAGAGCUUGAAAUGGAAACAACAGAAAUCGAUCCUCCCUACAAGAACCUACACAACACCAUCACAAUUUCAGAGAGAAAGUGUAAUUUUCUAUAUUUUGUAGGCCUUCUUUGCAAAUCCAUGUAAUAUAACAUUGAAUGAAUUUUUUUGGGAUACUACUUCGAUUCAGUCAAAUUUAAACUCCAAAGCUAUAUAAAUCAAACCCGAUUUGAAUUCGAA